GAGGUGGAGAAGCUGAAUGAGCAGCUGGCUGCGAAGGAACAGGAGCUGGAGCAGCUGCGCGGCACUGAUGAGGAGAAGAGUCGUGCACAUGAUGCGUUGAAUGAUGAGGUGGAGAAGCUGAAUAAGGAGCUGGCUGAAUUGCAGGCAGAAAAUGAGAAACUUCGUGCCCACGAUGAUCGCUGGGUACCUGAGGCAAGUCGUAGUUCUGGUAGGCGCACUACGUCUCAUCACCGGAAGGAGUUUGACGGUGAGGGUUGGGAUCAGGUGCUGGAAUCGCAGCCUGAGGAGCUGACUCGUGCGUUCGUGAGUGAUGUAGCGGAUGCCUGUCGCGUUGACCCUGACGACGUAAAGAAGGUUGUCUUUUCUCCUGACGGGAAGACGGUUGAGUUCGAUGUUAACCACGAUGAAGGUGUCUCAGCGGAGGAGGUGGAUAGGCUUUUACAGCGUGGGCUUUUUCGUCGCAGUAAGGAGUUGCUGGAGGGUAAGGGACCAUUUGAUAAUAAUUAUUUGUCUUAUGAGGCCUCUGAUUUGAUGCGGCAGGUGAAUGCGUUAGGUGGUAUUGGAAUGUUAAAUGUAAUAACUGAGGAGUUUCUUGAUCGUAUUGUUCUGGAACGGGCGGAGCUUUCGGCAUUGUUGCUUGUGGCGGUAGAGGGAUUUGAUCAUCUUAAUGGCUUGCAUCUGGAUCGGGAAGCGGAACUUUUGGAAGAACUUGAGGAGCAAGCCACAGAGCAUACUGAUAUGCUUGAAAAGAUGGAGGAGAUGGUUGUUUUGCUGGAGGAGGCUCGUCAGACGGAGUGUAGUGUGCGGAAUGAUCUUUUUGCGCGAGAGGAGGAGUUGCUUGAGUUGCAGCGGUUCCGUGAUGAGGAACGACGUGAGCGUGAUAGCAUGUUGCAGGCACAGCAUAACUUGUUGAUGAUAUCACGAAACUCACAUGAGGAACUUACAAAGGAAAAGCUGCAGGAGUUGACAGAUGAGUGUUUGCGUGUAGAGGAGCUUGAGCAACAAGUGGGACAAUUGCAGCAGGAGAAUGCCUCACUGAAGGAGGAGAUGGCUCGGCGUGCGGUGAGUCAUAAAGAAGCGUUGGAUAUACUGAACAGCAAGAUUGCUGGUCUCAUGGUGGAGCUAGAGGUGAAAGGAAUGGAGUACACUGACACACUUGGGAAGUUGGAGGAGUUUGUGGUAUUGCUAGAGGCCGCACGCGCAGCGGAGAAAUCCGCAUUAUUAACUCUUGAGCAAAGAGAACAGGAAUUAUUCGAUCUUCAGGCCGCCCACAAUGAAGAGACGCGUGAGUUGGAGUGUAUCAUACGGCAGCUGGAGGCACGUCUAGGGGCACUGCAAGAGACUCAACGUGAGUUAAGCGAACAACAACAACAACACCAACAAGAACAGAGACAACAUGAGGGUGAAAGUGUUUCUGUAGAUCCCCAGAGCAGCGGUAAUGUUGGGGCGGAGAGGGAUGAUGUAGUGCGGGCCAUGCGGCAACAACUCGAGCGUCUAAAGCGUGAGAAGGAGGCAUUGACAAUGGAGCUUGAGGUGAAGGGGCGACAGCAUGAUGAUGCGAUGGAUGUGCUGAAUCGUAAUAUUGGUGAUUUAAUGAGCGAACUCGAUUCCCGCAUACGCGGCUUUCAGGUAUCGGCAACAAGCGCAAAGGAGAUGCUGCGUGAGAUUGCACUGCUCCGCUCUGCUGAAGAAGAAGAGGAGGAGGAUGAGGAUGUGCCUCAACCAGAAAAUUAA